AAUACUCUCUCCUCAUUUUCCCUCUUUUUGGUUAACGAUACAAGCCCUGCGGGUAUCGGUGUUCCGUGUACGAUCGAGUAAACAAAGGAGGGAAGGACCGGAAAACACGGAAUCAUGGCGAAUUGGGAUUGGAAAGACAUGGAUUGGGAAGAUGCGGAAGACUCUUCCAGCGAAACGGAGGAGCAGAAGCCGGAGAUUGAUAAGGAGUGGCUUGAGGGGAUCCUAAGGGAAUUUCACAAAGAACCGGUCACAAUAACCGAGUGUAACGUAAACCCGGGCUGUAUGAGUAACGAAAGUGUGCUGAGCACUAUAAUUAGCGUUAAAGUCAAGUACGUGUUGAACGAGUCAAACGCCACGCAGGACCUUUCUCUUAUCGUGAAAGAGCUACCGAAAGAUGCGUUCAGUCGUUUUUUCGUUAACGAGGGCCAGUUCGAUCUCCGAGAGAUUAAGUUUUAUACGCAGGUCAUGCCAAACUUGAAAGAGUUCCAAAAAAAACAGCUGGCAGUAGAGGAUACCGGUGAGAAUCUUAAUAAACCGGGCGAAGAGAUUCCUCUGUCGGUACCCGUCUGUUACCACGCGCAAUACACUCCAGCAGAGGAAACCGAUGACACUCUUACGACACCGGAUUCAAUUCUAGUGUUGCAAGACCUUCGUGACUCCGACUUUUGCAACAUCAAAUUCCGAAAAGGAAUGACCUACGAUCAGACUAAAGUCGCAUUGGAAGCAAUAGCGCGUAUACAUGCGCAUUCCUUGGCGAUGAAAGUCAUCGAAGGGCAGUCACUAUCCGAACGUUAUCCAUUUCUCUUUCAAACAGCGAAGGCGACGGAUUCGUAUCAACAACUGGUCGAGCGUGGACUGCCGCAACUUGCAAAAUUUUUGAAGAAUACUGGAUUGGAGGCGAUAUUAGAUGCUCUACUCAUCUUAAGACCAAAGACUAAGCACAUAAUAUCAGCAUUACUUGCACCGGAAGGGCCACUGACCCUGAUCACACAUACAGAUUUCUGGUGCAAUAAUCUGUUGUUCAAAGAUGGACCAAAUGGCCUCGAAUGCUGCAUUCUCGACUGGCAAAUGGUCACCUACAGCAGACCGACCAACGACAUCGCUUUGUUAAUAGUGAGCUCUUUGCCCACCGACCUGCGCCGAAAGCACACCGAAGCCUUUCUCGAUAUCUAUUGGAACGCUCUAACCAGCACGUGCUCUCGUCUCAGUGUUGAUAUUCCCAAAGAUUUGGGUUACACGAGAGAAGACCUGAGUAACGAUUACAGACGUUCGCAACUGUUAGCGCUUCUGCUUUGCAUCGGUUCGGUAGACGUUGCCCUUGGUGAUCCUGACACUGAACAACGACUGAUCGAUGUUUUGAAGGAUCUUCAUAGCGAGGGCGUAUUCACGGAUGAAACUGCCAUUGCUACGAGCGAGAACGAUUCUUAG